GGAUUGGUGUCAGAUGCAAAUGGCAACGAAAUUAAAGACUGUGCAGAUCCUGGCCUUCUAAUAAAGCGGAGUACAAUGUCUCGACUUGCUUCAGAUGUGGUUGAGGAUGCAUUAAUGAGUGAAGAAGGAUGUGAGCUACUGUCAGAGACUCUAAAAAGUUUGCAGGUGAAGUUGAAGUUGCUGAAGGAUGGACCAAGUAAUAACGAAGUUGGAGGGUCCAGCUCUCAAACACAAUAUAUGAAAGACCCUAAGAGAGUGAGGUGCAAAGGAAGGUCGAAAGGAGUAACGGGAGCAAAGGAAAAGGCAAUGAAGCGAGGGAUUAGACACUGUCGGGAGUGUGGACACAUUGGUCAUGAUAGAAGACAAUGCCCAGCCUUGAACACACCGACAUCACCGUCGAACAAUGACGAAUCAACUCCAAUACAUCGUAGUGACCCAUUAUUCGACGAUUUUGACAGGAUGCACAGACCAACUGAAUGAUUGAUA